UUUCAUCUGCGUUGGCGUCUCACUGUUCUCCAGAAGGACUCCCUGAAGAACCCACUGACUAAACACACCUGGACCAGGCUGUAGACAUGGACCAGAUGGAAGUGGCCGCCCUGGGUCGACCUUUCACCCUCGGGAUGUUUUAUGAUGCGAGGUCGGAUAAGCUCAUCCCAGGACUGACGCUGUGGGACAAACAAACUCUUGAAGACUUCAAGUCUGUCGAAUACAAGAAAAGCAGCAGCUAUAAAGUCAUGACCUCUGACACCAUCGACUCUAAAUCUUCUCUCCUGGACGUUCAAGCCGGUCUGAAGGCCAGUUUCUUGGGUGGUUUGAUCGAAGUUGGAGGUUCUGCCAAGUUUCUGAAUGACCACAAGCAAUCCAAGAACCAGAGCCGAGUUACCCUCCAGUACCACGCCACCACCCACUUCAAGCAGCUGACCAUGACCCGCAACGAAGCCACGAGCAAACUGGAAGAAGGAUCCACCGAAGAAGGUUCUGCGACUCAUGUGGUCACCGGCAUCCUGUACGGCGCCAACGCCUUCUUUGUGUUCGACAGCCAAAACUUAAACACCAGCAGCAUUCAGGAAGUCGAGGUUGGCAUGAAGGCAAUGGUGAACUUGAUCCCAUCCUUCAGCGUUGGAGGACACGUCAGUAUGAACCUGAACGAAAACGAACAAGCUCUGGCCAAAAACAUGUCCUGCAAGUUCUACGGUGACUUCAUUCUUGAGACCAACCCUGCGACCUUUGAAGAUGCAGUGAAGACCUAUGUGGAGCUGCCCAAGCUGUUGAAAGACGACGGGUCCAACUCUGUCCCCCUGAAGGUCUGGCUGACGCCACUGGACAAGUUCAACCGAAAAGCUGUCGAGCUGAGGGGUGAGAUCAGCUCCGGACUCCUGUGGAAAGCCGAAAACACUCUGGAGAGUCUGAGGGAAAUCAGAAUGAGGUGCAACGACUCCAUGGCGGAGAAAGUGGUCGAGAAACUCCCACAACUUGAGAAAAAUUUGAGCGGUUUCCAAAAACUAUGCCGUGAGUACACCAUGAGCAUUCAAGGCACCAUGGAGAAGAAGUUUCCCGCCAUCCGAGAAGGUCUAGAAGACGCUGCCGCAAUGGAAAAACUGUUGGACGACAGAGAAAAGUCCCCAUUCAGUGACGAAAACUUAAGGAAGUGGAUGGAAAAUAAAGAGCACGAAGUCACCGUCAUUCAGUCGUGCGUGGAUAUCAUCAACGGACCCAACGUGAAGAUCGCCGCCAAUCACCUGGAGUUGGAACGAGAGGCCGUGGCUGCAGGUGUGGACCACGCCCUGUGCUUCGUCUUCACCUCAGUCCAACAGGACGACCCCUACCUCCACACCAUGGCCGACAACCUCAAAUGUCACGACGCGGAUCCGGUUGAAACCGGUCCGCUGUCACAGGACCAGUGGUACUCGUCUCAGGAAGUGAGGAGCGCGAUCAGGACAAAAGCCAAAGAGUUCGCAGAUCUGGCGAAAAACCUGCAAUCCAACAGCAGAGUCAAGUUCCUGAUCACCGUCGUAGAGAACCCCAAAUACAAAGGAGCCACCGUCUACCACUACAAAGAAGGAAACCUGGUCAACGAGGACUUCACCAGACCGGAUCCACCCAAGGUGGAGACGGUCACCGACAGAAACGACUUCAGCUGGUAUUUCUGUGAUCUCACCCUGGACCCAAACUCGGCUCAUCAGAAACUCCGUCUGUCCAAUGGAAACAAGACAGUGACGUUUGGAGGCGAGAAUUCGUAUCCUGAACACCCCGACAGGUUUACAGAAAAAGUCUAUCAGGUCAUGUGCAGGGAGGAGCUUAGUGGGCGCCAUUACUGGGAGGUGGACUGGAGCAACACCAGCAGGGACGACGUCGCCUUCGGUGUGAUGUAUAAAAGCCUGAGCAGAAGUAACGGCUACCUCGGUCGCAGUCCCAAGUCCCGAAUGUUCGUCAGCAGGUAUUAUUUGAACUUCCUCAUUCAUGUUGAAGGGAAGAGCACGCCCAUUCCUUCUGAUGACCUCAGUCGCAUCGGUGUGUUCCUGGACUGGCCUGCAGGGACAGUGUCCUUCUACAAAGUGUCCUCCAACACCCUCAACCACCUCCACACCUUCUACGACACCUUCACUGAGCCUCUGUUCACUGCCUUCUAUAUCGGCUCAGACUCCACCUACAUCACCCUCCGUCCUUUGAACUAAACGUACACUUUCAUUUGGUGUUUUUCGCUGCAGAAAAGCAUCAAAGAAGUGGGCGUGGUUAAAACGGCUGGAGUUUAGACCGGCGCUGAUUCAGAUUUAGAUGGUUUUCAGCUCAUCUGAUCAGACAUGAGCUGAUGGAGAGGCACCACCUUCGUCAUCAUCUUCAUAACCAUCUUUAUAUUCAUCUUUAUAACCGUCUUUGUAAUCUUUGUCUUCAGUGAUAAUUUCUUCAAACAUCUUCUUCUCCAAAAAUACUUUUCCUGUUUAUCAUGGUAACUGGUAAAACUUUCAACAUGUAAAUACAAAAACCUCCCUGUUUUCAACGACUUUGCUUGUAUGUUAUCCAGGAGUCUGUCCUCUGAAAAAAAAGCAUUUCUCUAUGAUGUUUUAUGAAGUCUCUGCUUAAACCUUGUUUGGUGUGUAGUGAUGGAUGUGUUCAUCAGUCUGUCUGUCAUCGUAUAUUCUAAGUGAUCAAUGAAUGAUCAACAGGGAGGAGAUGGAAUGGCAAGUUACAUAUAUUCCAUAUAACUUUACAUACAUUCCAUAUAACUUCACACAUAUUCCAUAACUUCACACAUAUUCUAUAUAACUUUACAUAUAUUCCAUUUAACCUUACACAUAUUCCAUAUAACUUCACACAUAUUCCAUAACUUUACACAUAUUCCAUUUAACUUUACAUAUAUUCAACAUAACUUUACACAUAUUCCAUUUAAAUUUACAUAUAUUUUAUGACUUUACAUAUAUUCCAUAUAACUUUGCAUAUAUUCCAUAACUUUGCAUAUAUUCCAUAACUUUACACAUAUUCCAUAUAACUUUACAUAUAUUCCAUAUAACUUUACAUAUAUUCCAUAACUUUACACAUAUUCCAUAUAACUUUACACAUAUUCCAUAUAACUUUACA